CGUCAAUGGCAUAGCUUUGAUGCGCCAUAGCCGCCGGUGUCCUCACCAGUCUUCUUCUUCUUCUUCUUCUUCUUCUUCUUCUUCUGCGGUGGCGUCAGAAGCAAUGCAAAUGACAUGAUGAUUAUGUAGUGUUAUAGAGUGAAGAGUGCAUCUGGUGGUGUAACAUUAAAAAGGGUAAUGAAAUAAAUGUAGAGAUUGUCAAAAUAAAACAGAGUUUAAUUAUGUUUAAAUAGGGGGAGGAGGUUGUGUUGUGUGAGGGGAGGUGGUGCAAAGGGCAGUGAGGGAUGGGUUGGCAGCGCAGCUGGGGAGAGGCCUAAUAUUUAUGCAAACCAAAUGAACUCGACCACAAAAAUAUAGAAAUGAAAUAAAUUAAGUAAAUAAAAAACAGAGCCUCACUACUCGUUCUUUGUCUCUUCACUCUCUUCUCUAAUACGCAGAAACGCAAACAAACCCAUCAUAUAAAAUCCCGAUUCAGAAUUCAAUUCACCCUCUCUUUUUUUUUCGAUAAUUAUAUAUAUAUAUAUAUAAAAAAAAAAGGAAAAAAAACGAAAAGAAAAGAGGAAAGCCCUUUUGGAUUCAUUAUUGUGUUUUGAAUUCAAUCCUCAUAAACCCUAAAUUCGAAAUGGGAAUGAUGACGUGAGGAGGGUGGCUACGGACAUGGUUGUGCAACGCGAAACCAACACCAAACCAUGGGGAACGCUGGAGGAGCUCUUGCUCGCCUCCGCUGUUAACCGUCAUGGCACCACAAGUUGGGACUCCGUCGCCAUGGAAAUACACAAUCGAUGCUCUCAAUCCUCUUCUUCUCUAACUCCCCAAGAUUGUAGGAUCAAGUUCCACGACCUCAAGCGCCGAUUCCUCUCCCAAAAUGACCUCGAUUCUGAUUCCACCUCCCUCAUGCCUAUUCUCGAAGAGUUGAGGAAGAUUCGGGUGGAGGAGCUCCGCCGCGAUGUUCAACGUCGGGAUGUCUUGAUCGUGUCAUUGGAAAUGAAGGUGAAGCGGUUGGAGGAGGAGAGGGACCGGAGUUUCAACGAACCCGAUGGGGGACCGGAUCUGGACGUGAACGCCGUCGACACCAACCUCUGCCCGCUUAAUCCCACGCCCUCCGGCGACGACUCCGACGAUCGCGAGAACCGAUCCCUGGACGAAUCCAAUUCCACGAGUAAAAAAAAAGAGGAGGGCGUUGGACAGAACGGCGUGGUUCGGGAGAGGCCGAUAUCCGAAACAGUCAAAAUCACAAAAAAGAAGGAAACCGGGGCGGCACGAACCGGGGAUGAACCGGAGGCAGAAAGAGAAAAGGAGUCUGCAGCGGGAGGAGGAUAUAAACGAAGGGAGAAAAAAGAAAGAAAUUGGGGAAAUUCGAAGGGGAAGGCGUCUGCGGUGGGCGAUUCGAACGAAGCGUGGGAAUCGGUGAGCGAGUCGAAGCAAGAAGGGACAGAGGGGGCGGUGGCGAAGCAGCAGAGCAGCGACGUACAAAGCUCAGCCGGUUUGUCCCAGAGGAAACGGUGUCGUAGCAGAGGAGGAAAUGGAACUAGCAGCGGCGAAGAGCCCGAGGUAUCUCCCGCCAAGCCCAAGCCCAAGCCCAACCCCAAGUCCAAGCCCAACCCCAAGCCCAACUCCAACCCUGCAGCCGUCAAAUCUGAGCCGUUGCUCAAAUUCCUGGAGAUCAUUCGCUCCCAUCGGCUUGGCUCUGCCUUCGAGCGCCGUCUACGGAGCCAGGAAUCGGAUAGAUACAAAAAAUUGAUUCGGCAACACAUCGAUCUGAGAACGAUUCAUUCGAGAGUGGUGAAAGGUGCCUAUGCGGAUUCAAUUCACCGGUUCUUCCGAGAUCUCCUCCUCCUCUUCAACAAUGCCGUCAUCUUUUUCCACAGAUCUUCCCCCGAAAAUGGUGCCGCAGUGAAGCUUCGAGCUCUCGUGUUGAAAGAAAUGAAAGACAGAAUACGAAAGCCCCAACCCCCCAUAGUCGCAAAAUCAAAACCCAAGCAAGAAGCGGAUGUGUCAUCGUCCAAGCCCAGAAAGCCAUCUGCUACCAUGGUGGUGUGUCGCAAACGAGAUUCUGUUUCUCAGACAUCGGAUGUGGGAGGCAAAAAAUCGGAGAAUAAUUCAAGAGAGGGUGAAGGGAAGAGGAAGGGCAAUGAUUGUUCGGAGAUAAAAAUUUACGAGAAGGGUACAUGGAAGAAGGGUUUGAAUUUGAAAGAGAGGGGAAGACCGGGAGUGGGUAAUUCGGGAGCGAGAAGCUGUAGAACAACGACGAACAAAAAGAACGGGGAAGUGAAGCACGAAUACGGGGGGAACGAAUUGAGCUCUCACGAUGGGAUGGGAGUUCGAAUGGAAAAGAAAGAAAAAGAGAAAGGGACGAAGAAGAAGCAGGUGGCUGUGAGGUUCUUGAAGAGAAUGAAGCAGAAUUCUCCAAGCGAAGCCACGGACGAAGAUGGCGAUGGCUCAGAGGAUGAGAGUUUAAAAGAAGAGGAGGAGGAGGAGGAGGAGGAGGAAGAAGAAGAGGAAGAAGAAGAAGAAGAAGAGGAAGAAGAAGAGGAGAAGAAGAGGAAGAUGAAGAAACAGAAUGAAGGGAAAAGAGAAAGGGUAAGGCGGAGUGGGGGAGGAGGAGGAGGAGGAGGAGGAGGAGGAAGAGGAGGGGGGAGAGGGAAGAGAGGGGUGGGGAGGCCGCCGAAGAAAGCCGAAACAGUGAGCGUAAAAAGGCAACAGAGGGAGGAGGUGGUAGGAGGGAGUAAACCCCGAAAGCGUUCAAGGAGAUAA